UGCAAAUUUUGGACAGAGAUGUGGUCAGGAGUUCUUCUGAGUAUUCUGUCCUUGAACUGGAUUGCCCCAGUGUCUUCUGAACCUCAGUACGUGCUGCUGGUCCCAACAACAGUGCGGAGUGACUCCCCGCAGACUGCUUGCGUGCAGUUCCACAACCUCAGCGAGCCUCUGUCCCUGAGCACCACCCUGCAGUAUGGCAGUAUCCAGAGGCCCCUGUUUGAGGAAUCUGUGACGAAGAGUGAUUUCUUCAAGUGCUACGAGUUCAAGGUUCCUUCUGCUACUUCUGACCCUCUGGCAUUUAUUUCAUUCUCUGCCAAAGGCAACACAGUCGACUUAUCUGAGAGAAGAUCAGUGGCCAUUCAAAAUGUGGAUAAUACUGUCUUCAUCCAGAUGGAUAAACCCAUCUACAAACCAGGGCAAACAGUGAGGUUUCGUGUGGUUGCUUUAGACACUCAGUUCAGACCUGUUGAAGAGACUUAUCUCCGAAUCAUCCUUGAGGAUCCAGAGCAAAACAAGAUCUUCCAGUGGUUGGAGGUAGCAUCAAAGCAUGGAAUUGUCCAGCUCUCCUUUUCACUCAUUCCAGAACCUAUUCUUGGGUCCUACCACAUCACUGUGGAAAAGAAGUCAGGUGAAAAACACUACCAGUUCUUCAGGGUGGAAGAAUAUGUGCUGCCCAAAUUUGAAGUGACAACCAGUGUGCCAAGGAGGAUCUCUUUCUUUGAUGAAGAAAUCAGGGUGAAUGUUUGUGCUUCGUACACUUACGGCCAGCCGGUGCAAGGCAGUGCCCGAGUCAAUGUGUGUCAGCAGCGCUUCUAUAAUCCACGAUGUGAGCAGAACCAGAAAGGAACCUGUGAAGCUGUCACUGGACUGCUGGGGAAGGAUGGCUGCCUCAACACUGCCAUCUCCAUCAAGUCUCUCCAGCUUUAUCGCAGCUAUGCUAUGAUGUACACCAGCCUCAAUGUAGAAAGCACUGUCACUGAAAAUGGAACAGGUAUCCAGAUGAAAGGCUCUGACUACGUUGCAGUCAGCCAAGAAAAUGACAGAGUAAUGUUCAAGAACAUGGAUGUCUAUUACAAGAGGGGAAUUCCUUACUCUGGUGAGAUCACUGUGACAAAUUCAGAUGACAAACCUGUUGCUGGUAGGACUGUCCUGCUAGAGCUCGAUGAAAAGUACCUUGCCAGCUAUACUACUGACGAGAAUGGCACUGCUGCUUUUUCCAUCGACACAUCCAACUUCUUUGAUCCCAGUUUUAAGUUGAGAGUCAGGCAGGCCCCAGAAGAGUGUGGCGAUUUCUUCAUCUGGGGCAGUGAUGAUGCUGUGCCCCAGGCCUUGUUUCUGGUGAGGCGUUUCUACUCACGCACCAACAGCUUUGUGAAGAUUGAGCCAACGAGGGAGAAGCUCAGCUGUGGCCAGCAGCAAACAAUCAACAUUCACUAUGUCCUACAGGGCUACCGGAAUGCCACCCACACAGACUUCUACUAUGUGGUGAUGACAAAAGGAAAAAUUGUCCUCAGUGGCCAGAAGCAAGUCAGCAUCUCUGGUGCUCCCAGAGGUACAUUUGCAAUCACACUGACUGUCACUGAGAAGCUUGCCCCCAGUGCCAGACUGUUGCUCUACACAGUGCAUCCUCAUGGGGAGAUAGUGGCUGACAGCUCUUGGAUACACAGCGAAGUCUGCUUCAAAAACAAGCUCCAUCUUGAAUUCUCUGAGGAGCAGGGUCUCCCAGGUUCCAAAAUUGGUCUCCACCUUGAAGCUGCUGCCAAUUCCUACUGUGCCCUGCGAGCUGUAGAUCAGAGCGUCUUCCUCCUUCAGCCUUCACAACAGUUAUCUGCUGAGAGCGUAUACUACCAGCUAGGUGUGAACGAUUUAUAUGGCUAUUACUACAAGGGGCUCAACCUUGCAGAUGACAAGCCAGAGGAGUGCACCCCAAUCAAAUCCAUCUUUUCUGAUGGCUUGUAUUAUGAACCUGUGAAUGUCAGUCGUGACGGCGACGUCUACGGGAUUUUCAGGGAUAUGGGCCUGAAGGUUUUCACCAACUCUGUGCUACGGAAGCCAGUUCUGUGCAAUGAAAACAAGUCAGAUAUGGAAGAUGAACCCAGAUAUUUGCACCAUGGUUUUGCCCUUGAGAAUGCCCUUGGAGAAGGUGGCGCAAAAAUGGUUGGUGGGAGCGGCAUUAGCAGUGUUCGGAGAUACUUCCCUGAGACCUGGAUUUGGGACCUGGUUCAUGCAGAUUCCAAGGGGGAGGUAAAUGUCUCCUACACCAUUCCUGACACCAUCACAGAGUGGAAAGCCAGUGCUUUCUGUGUGCAGGAUGAUGCUGGCUUUGGCAUCUCCCCACCGGUUUCGCUGACGGCGUUCCAGCCAUUCUUUGUGGAUCUCACUUUGCCAUACUCUGUCAUCCGAGGGGAAAAGUUCAAUUUAAUAGCCAACGUCUUCAACUACCUCAACAAAUGCAUCCAGAUCACUACUGUGCUGGCAACAUCAAAUGACUACAAGGCAGAAAUGCUUUCACCAGAGGGCAACAAGGCAAGACUGUGUGCCAAUGAAAGGAAAACCUAUAUUUGGGCUGUUAGCCCCCACAAACUUGGUGAGGUGAAAUUCACGAUCACUGCUGAAGCCAAACUGAAUACCAGAGAUACUGGAAAUGGCACAUCCUCAGAAGAGGCAGCAGUUCAUAGCGACACCCUGAUUCAAACCCUGCUUGUUGAGCCUGAAGGUAUUAGAAAGGAAUUGACUCAGAGCUCCCUCAUCUGCACAAAAGGUACAACAAUUUCUGAACCAGUGUCUCUCAGCCUACCAAGAAACCUAGUGCAGGGAUCAGCAAGAGCUUACUUUUCUGUCGUUGGAGACAUUUUGGGUACAGCCCUGAGGAACAUGGAGAACCUCCUCCAUAUGCCUUAUGGCUGCGGAGAACAGAACAUGGCAUUGUUUACACCCAACAUCUAUGCCCUGGAUUAUCUGAAUAAGACUGGGCUUCUGACUGAAGAGAUUAGAGUCAAGGGUGUUGGGUAUUUAUCUACAGGGUACCAAAAGCAGCUGUCAUACAAACACCGAGAUGGAUCCUACAGUUCCUUUGGAAGAAGGGAUAGGGAAGGGAGUGUGUGGCUCACAGCCUUUGUGUACAAGUCGUUUGCCCUAGCUGGACGCUACAUUUACAUCGAUGAGGAUGUCCAGUCUCAAUCUUUGAUUUGGCUGGCAAGCAAGCAGAAGUCAGAUGGCUGCUUUGAAAAUGCUGGGUCACAUUUCAACAAUGCUUUCAAGGAUGAAGAAGAAGGUGAAUAUGCACUCACAGCCUACGUCGUGGCAGCACUGCUGGAAGCUGGGCACUCUGCUGCUCAUCCUAUUGUUCAGAGUGGCAUGAACUGUUUGGAGACUGCAUUUAGCAAGGGGAUCAACAACCUGUACAACCAGGCCCUCUUUGCCUACACUUAUGGAUUAGCUGACAAAGAGGCAAGAUGCCAGUUCUUCCUGGAGAAGCUGGACAAGACAGCUACCAGAGAUGGUGGUUCACUUCACUGGCAGAGAGAACAUAAACCACCAUCAGAACAGGUCCCUGUUUUCUAUUCCCGUGCACCUUCUGCAGAAAUUGAAAUGACCAGCUAUGUUCUCUUGGCUUUGCUCAACAAGCCCAAACUCACUCCAGAAGACUUCUCUUACAUUUCUCGCAUUGUGCACUGGCUUGUCAAACAACAGAACCCCUACGGCGGUUUCUCCUCCACCCAGGACACUGUUGUUGCUCUCCAAGCCUUAGCCCAUUAUGGAUACCUCACAUUCUCUAAAAAACCCCUGAACACAGUCAAGGUCAACUUCAUGGAGUCCUCCAGUAAGACUUUCCAAGUGAAUGAGCAGAACCGCUUCUUACUGCAGCAGGCUUCCUUACCAACUCUUCCAGGGAAUUACAGUGUGGAAGUGAAUGGCAUUGGCUGUGUCUAUCUGCAGAGCACCCUGAGAUACAAUGUGCAUUUGCCAAAAAGAGCUGCAGGAUUUUCUCUCUCAGUGCAGGCAGCCAACGUGUCCUGCACAGGCAACUUCCCACCGAAGUUUGACCUUGUCCUCUCUGCCAGUUACACCGGAACCCGCAAGGUCUCCAACAUGGCUAUUGUCGAUGUGAAAAUGCUCUCAGGUUUUGUUCCUGUAAGAUCUUCCCUGGAAAAGCUCCAGGACCAGGACUCUUUUGUUGAUCGUGUAGACAUCAAGAACAACCACAUCCUCUUCUACCUUCAAAAGGUCUCCCAGAAGGAAAUCAAAUUCUCUUUCAGUGUGGAGCAAAGCCUGCCUAUCUCAGAUAUCAAACCAGUGCCAGUACAUAUCUACGAUUACUAUGAAACAGAUGAGUAUGCCCUUGCAGAAUACAAAACACCCUGCUCCCAGCCUUCCAACUGAAAUCAGAUACAUGCCUGAAGAGCUGAUGUUCCAGAAGGUAUCAGGCAAACAUUUGUAGAGGAAGAAGAGGAUGAGAGACUUGGUUAUUUCUGGAAGGGCAAUGAAAAGCACACAGAAGAAUGAAGAAUAAGCAAAUCCCACAUUGCAGUAGAUCAGAAUGACCCAUUCCGGCCCACACUUCAAAGAGCUUGGGGUCAAUGUGAAUCAGAAACUCCAGAUAAAGUGCUUUUCCUAGCUAGGGAGAUAUGGUGCAAUUCAUUGUUAACCCUGACCAUCCAUCUUUUUGGAACCUCAUGACAAGAGGGAGCUUUGUGUAAAGUUAAGCUCCUGCAAUGGGUGUU